UUCGUCAAGCUGAUCCUCUGCGUCGCCAUCGACCUCGUCGGCGCGUCGACGUACGCCAUCCCGGCCAUCGGCGAGGGCUUCGACGUCGGCUGGGCGCCGGUGCAGGCGGCGCUCGUGAACUAUUUAUUCGGCAACGGCCUCAUCACGGGCUUCGCGUUCCUCGAGGAGAUCCUCCCGGGCACGGACUUCAUCCCCACGGCGACCAUCGCCUGGUUCUACGAG